UGCCAAGCCGAAAGUCUUUGGCCCAAUUUAAGUUGCUCGGCCUCGAGGGCCUCCUAAUCACAGGAAUGAGCUUUUCCCAAUCUGAUGUUCUUAAUGCCAUUCUGACCUGGGGCGAUUGGCAAACCCGGUUACCUGAUACGAAACUUCCUGCGUCGCUUCGUCGAGCCGAUGCACGAGCAUUCUCGAACAAGCUUGUCGACACAUGCACCCGUGCUCAAGCGUUACGUGCAGCAGAUACCAAUCUACGGAUAAACAUCGAACGGUUAGAUCGCGUCAAAGUGUCCUUAGUCUUAUCUCGCUACCGGACAUUGUCCCUCCUGCAUCACGUCCUUUCGAAUACGAAUCCAGAUGGGGUCUUCCGUUGGGAGAUGCCACGAUAUGGCGAAAUAAAGCCUGUGAGAGGGUGGACUUCACCAUGGGCUCUUCGCCAAGACUCUCAACUGCUGAUUGGAGUUUGGAUACACGGAUUUGGAAAUUGGCUCGAUCUUGGGAUGAGCAUGAGAAUCAAGUUUUAUUGAGUCAACGCGCAGAAUAUUUACUGGAACAUUUGCUGAAGGUGCAAGAACUACAGGAUGCCGAUUCUCAUGGAAAGGGGAGGGGAAAGUAUGAGGA